AGUUCUGGUUUCCCGAGGAGCACACUGCAGCUUUUCUCCCACAUUAAGUUAAUUAGUUUACGGCAGCUAACCGCCCAGGUGUUUUUCCAAUAUGAUUGGACAGAAAACGAUUAAUUCUUUUUUCACGCCUAUAUCGAAGAAGAGGACUUUAAAUGGAGCCGAGGAGGAUGCUGCAGACCCGAAGAAGCCGAAGUCUUCGGCGGUGGAGCCAGAGCCCUGCAGCCCUCUUCCUGCUCCUCUGUCCCCGGAGCAGCUGGACAGGAUCGCCCGCAACAAGAGAGCAGCGUUGGAGAAACUCGCUUCCGCUCAAACACCUCCAGGGUUUGGGGAGAGCUGGAGAAAAGGACUGUCGGCUGAGUUUGGAAAGACCUACUUUAAACAAUUGAUGACCUUUGUUUCUGAUGAGAGGAAACGCCACACUGUGUACCCACCUGCUGAACAUGUCUUCACCUGGACGCAGAUGUGUGACAUCCGGGAUGUGAAAGUUGUGAUUCUUGGCCAGGAUCCUUAUCAUGGUCCUAACCAAGCCCAUGGAUUGUGCUUCAGUGUUAAAAGACCAGUGCCUCCUCCACCCAGUUUGGAGAACAUGUACAAAGAACUCAUCUCUGACAUUGAAGGCUUUCAGCAUCCUGGACAUGGAGAUCUGACUGGAUGGGCCAAACAAGGUGUGUUGCUGCUCAACGCUGUGUUGACUGUCAGAGCGCACCAGGCCAACUCCCACAAAGACAGAGGUUGGGAGACCUUCACUGAUGCUGUGGUGCAGUGGCUCAGCAACAAUCUUGAAGGCCUUGUCUUCAUGCUGUGGGGAUCGUAUGCCCAGAAGAAAGGAGCCACUAUUAACAGGAAACGCCACCACGUUCUGCAGGCUGUACAUCCUUCUCCCUUGUCUGCUCAUCGAGGAUUUUUUGGGUGCAGGCACUUCUCAAAGGCCAACGAAGUGCUACAGAAAUCUGGAAAGUCUCCAGUGAACUGGAAGGCACUUUAAGUUGUUGUGCAUGUCGGCUCUUCUAACAUGCAUGUUGGUAAACUACAGACCAACAGACCCAUAAGCUUUCUCAGUUUUCUGUUUUAGCAACAGUAUGUGCAGAGAUGAAAGAGUUCAUGUUGGCAGUUUACAUUCUACAGUUUUGUGCUAUACACUGAACUUUCAUGAAACCAUUUGUUGGGAUGCAUAGUUUUAUCAUCUGCACCUGUCAGUUACAACAUUGUAAAUAUGUUUGCAUUUUUUACUUUUUUAUUGAAAUAUUGGUUCUAUUAAAAGUGGUUGCAAAAAGUG